AUGCCACUCUCCGUUAGUGGUAGCGGGGACCUCUCCUUUCUGGCGUCCGCCUACAGCGAGAAGUCGUCCUCCUCGAAGGUGCUUGCGUCGCGCUUGAGGAGUAUUUUAACGCCGUGCAAGGAUGCAACGGCGCUUGAGGGACUUCUGGACUACUUUGGCCCCUAUGUUAUCGAUAGCACUCUGAAGGGGCUGCAGUCCAGGAUUAAUAACUCUCAAAAAUCGCACAGGGAUUCGAUCGUAAAUGUUACAUGGUUGACUGAUACUGGCAUUCCGCCUGAGGACGCGUCUGACGGUUCGUGGACUUCAGUUGACGAUGGCGGAACCUCUGACGUCAACCUCACCGGCGAGGAUGAAAUGCUUACUUUGCAUUCUGUUUUGUCCGAGGACUCUGAGGAUUUCAUUACCCCUGCCUUGGAACACCAUGUGGACAGAGCUGUCAUUGUGGAGCCAGGCGUUGUCUCCCGUCGUGCACUGAGUCGUUUUCAAAGCGAGUUUCUAAUCGAGCAGCUGAACCCGGUGCUGCUGCGGAAUUACAGGGGGGCGAACAGAUUCGCUUCUGACAACGAUUCCAGUGGCGAGUUUGCUGCUAAUUUCCUCCCCAAAUACGGGUCGUUUGAGGGCGGCGAUGUUGUGAAUUGUAGCACGCACGACACGCCGGCGUCCAAAAGCCUGGGUUCGGCACGUUCGGCAGCUUCAGGUAUCGAAAUACUGGGGCAACUAUGCACGCCGGACCUAUUUGUGAAGGGCUGCGGGGUAAGGGAAGGGGCUGCGUUUGUUGGCCGCUACCUGGAUGACGAGUUCUCCAACGACCCUGCCACCACGACGGCGUCGUUGAACGAUGACCUGAGCGACGAAGACCGAGCGCUCUUUUCUCCACUAUGUAGAGCGUUGCGUUGUAUGCUGCUGUUUGUGGUCGAUUCGGCAAACCAUGAGCUGCAGUGGCUACGUUCCUUCGAUGUUGUUGUGACUGACAUUGUGACGGUACUUGACAAGGUUGUCUCUGACAGCGCAGGCAUGUCGAAGAAUAUGAAGAAUAAGUUACGGGAAUACAAUGCAGAAUACAUUUCGACGCUGGCCAGCUACGACAAGGCCGUAGCUAAGUUCCAAAAAUUGGAAAAGGCGCUGGAAAGUAGUUGCUCAGGCCGCUCUUUCACGGGCGUUCCUGACCCUGCAGCACCCUUCUACUGCACUUUCGAAGGUUGCCCGAGCCGCGAGCCGUCCUUUUUGGAAACCAGGCAAGCGCAUUGGGGCACUGUACGCGACUUGCUGAGCUCCCGCAAGGACUUCGUGCGCUACACCAAUUACGUCGAGCAGAUGUGCUUGACCCACAGCUUGCGCGACAACCUGAUAAAGGGCCGCGAGACCUACGUGCACGGUCUCACCAGCGUCCUGUCAAUGUUCGCAAACCAUUACCCCAGGGAUAUUUUUGCGGUAGAGGCGCUCUGUACGGAGAGGAUUACUGGCGUGUCGUCACGCCUUUUGGCAGGGGCGUUUUCGAAAUCGCGCAUUUUAAACCUUUGCACGGACUCUUUCGGCAAGGUCCCUUCUGAUGGCACGGUGGAUUUGAGGUUCAGUGUGAACGUAGAGUCUACUAGCAUGAAGGACGCCCUUCACUCGGUGGUGGUGGAUGCCUUCGACUGCAUGCGCACCCUGUCGAAGAAGUUAUCGCAGCUUCACAGAUUCCAAAUGGAACGUUUUUCCCGCUUCACUUCGCGCUAUCCGUUGAAGUUGUGCGGCGCCGACCUUGUCGCAAUGUUCAAGUCGUAUUACAGGUAUCACAAGCAAAUGAGCACCCUAUGGUUGUCGUUCUAUUCGACCGUAGGUGCGGUAUUUCCGAGGAAUGGAUCCAAUUUCAGGAGAUCUAAGGACAACUCGCAGCCUGUGCUUGGCGAAUUCCUCGAGGUGAAAAUGCCUUUGAGCCUCCUUAGCGACAUUCUGAGCCAGUUUGGUGUGAUUUGUGAUACAGCCAGCGAGCAUACAUUGAAGGUUUGCUCUGACGCCACAGUCGUCUGCGGAUCGUCACUGGAGUGGCACCGCGUCGUCGAAGCGUUGGCUGCAAGCGGCAACAUGGAGCCAGAUCAGCUACAGGCGGCGAUAGAACACCUGCAGCCCGACGCCUGCAGUGUCGAUGAGGUCGAUCAGAGUGACUCGGGGUCGGAGCCGGAUAAAACUGCCGAAAAGGCGCCAUCAAGAAGCAAGGAGAGCAGCGGAACACUGCUUGAGUUGCAGGGCGAAAUUGCGCCUUGCGAGAGCAGCACCGCCACCAGCAAGCUGUUAUCGGUGAAUGAGAUGCUUGCGGAGGCACUGGUGGAUUACGAGGAGCCAAACCACAAUUUUAGCUUCAAAUGCGGUGAUGCGAUACACGUACGGAUUGCCGGCAAUACUCCGUUGUGGUAUGGCCACACCGCUUCCGGCGUCAACAGGUGGUUCCCAGCUAAAUUCGUGCAAGUGCUGUGGGAGCGCGAUGUGCCGUUGUUUCGGCGCGCUGAUCUGGAGUGUGAGACCCACUUGGAUAUGUAUCGCGUCUACCCUGGAGAGGACGAUAGCCACUCCGUUGCCCGUCAGGACACAGGCAUAACUCUGACAUCGAAAUCGACGCUGAAACAGGCGAUGAUGCUUUCCAAGUUGGGACUGGAGGGCAAGGUUUUACACGAGUUCAAGUGUUCGUUGUGUCGGAAGAUAGUGCUUAGUGGCACGCUCUACCUGACGAAGACUCAUCUGGGUUUCAUUUCGAACUUCAACGAUGCGACGCUAUUCGGCACGCAGACGACGCUCACAGUGCCUUUAAGCGACAUCUUGGAGUGUGAUUUGAAUUCGCCGAAACCGAUCGCCUUUUACGUUCGCAUCCUGCUACGCAACGGCGACAGCCACAUGUUCCACUCCGUCAUCAAUGCACGCCGCAUUCGUGACGCCAUUCUGGAGGCGAACCAGGCGAAAGACCCGGAAGAGCAGGCUGCUCAAUCUGCUGCGGACUCUGACGGUUACUCGGAAUCGUUGAAGAACAUGUUUGGAGGCCUCGCACCGCUCUCCAAAAGCGCCCCGCCUACGCAGCUGGGAAUGAGUCUGCAGGACUUCUUCGUGCGGACGAUGAAGGACAACGUGACUCCAGGCAGCAUAAUCGCGGAUACGCGUUUGUCACAGAAUGCGUUUGAUUUCAGCGGCACGUUGGAACCAGUGGAUUUCGACUGGCAUGCUGGCGGAGUGCAGUUCCGUGAGCGCCGCGUUUGCUACAGCUUUAAGCUGAAGGAUACCAAGUACACCGCCCUGCUGGUGCGAAAUUCGUGUGGAAAGGUACGGGAAGAGUUGAAGUACGCGCUCGUGAACAAGACACAGCUCAUUUACGAGAGCGCCACGUACACGUCCGACAUCCCGUACUCGAAGUACUUCUACACGCUGUUCCGGAUCACGGCAACUACUACGUCGCCCUCUACCAUCAUCGUCAAGGCGGAGUACGACGUGAAAUUUGUCAAAAGCACGAUGUUUGCCUCCGUGAUAAGCGCAGAGGCCUACGACCGCCUGGCCAACUCGGCCAGGCUGGUGCUGAUGGCUGGGGACCAAGCCCCCACCCAGCUUGUAGCGACAGGUAAAGAACUGGCUCCUGUCUCGCCGCGCAAGAGUGAGGCCAUCAACAACGGUGUUCGUUCGUUGAUGUGUAUAUGUGUGCUAUUUCUGGGCAUCUACACCAGUCUGCUCUCCGGCUGGAAGUAA